CACUAGUGAUCGCUCUCUCGUGCUGACACGGCGUUUCCUCUGAGGAUCUCUCCUUUCCAUCUGGCUCGCUUGUACGCGCCUACUUAUCGCCACACUUGUCCUCAGAAGGCUGAAACAAGAUGGCGGACGAGGACAAAACAGACGGACAGGAUAACCCAGCUUUUGUUGGCGAUGAAAACUCUACAGUUAGUGUCGUCAAGGCUACAGAAGCCGUGGCCUCGCCUUCAUCGACACAGGCCGCGGCGGCGACGGUGCUGGUGGUGAGGAAGAAGGAGCUAACGGAGGAAGAGAACAUGGAAAAGGUCCGCAUCCUGAAGAACGUCGUCAUCAUCUCCAUCGCCUUCAUGUUCCUCUUCACCAGCUUCAACUCCAUGGCCAACCUCCAGUCCUCCAUCAACAAAGUGGAUGGAACGGCGGCGUUGUCGACGCUAUACGCUGCCCUGGUGGUGUCCUGCGCCUUCCUCCCCACCUGGAUGAUCAAGAUGCUGAAGGCCAAGUGGACGCUCUGCUUCUCUAUGCUCUGCUACUCCACCUACAUCGCCGCACAGUUCUAUCCGAGGGUGUGGACGCUGGUGCCCACCUCUAUCAUCCUGGGUCUGGGGGCGGCGCCCAUGUGGUCCGCAAAGUGUACUUACCUGACACAGGUGGGCAGCAAGUACGCAGAAAUUGUCGGGGAGAGUGCCGAAGUGGUCAUCGUCCGCUUCUUCGGCAUUUUCUUCCUCUUCUUCCAAUCGACGCAGGUGUGGGGCAACCUCAUCUCCUCGUCAGUGCUGUCCCAGGGCGUAGAAGCCGAGGAGGACCCGGAUGAAGCAGCACUGCUUAUGUGUGGGGUCAACUUCUGUCCCCACACCCACGACUCACACCAUUCCAACCUUACCAACCUGGCCAAGCCCCCCGACUCCAAGAUUUACAUCAUGGCCUCAAUAUACCUCGUGUGCGCCAUCAUCUCCUCCGUCAUCAUUGCCUUCCUCGUCGAUCCCCUCACCAGGUACGGCGAAGAGGAGAGGGUUGGGUCGUCCUCGGGAAAGAGUGGAUGGGAGUUGCUGGUGGCGACCUUCAACCAUAUGCGCCACCCGUACCAGCUGCUGAUCAUCCCCCUCACCAUGUGGUCGGGUGUCGAGCAGGCCUUCCUAGGAGCUGAUUACACUGCUGCGUAUGUGUCGUGCGGUAUGGGGGUCCAUAUGGUCGGCUACGUUAUGAUCUGCUACGGGGUGUGCGACGCAAUCUGCUCCAUCACCUUCAGCCCGCUGGUGAAGAUGGUGGGGCGCGUGCCCAUCUUCACCAUGGGCGCCAUCAUCAACCUGGGCAUCGUCAUUGCCCUCCGUAGCUGGAUGCCCCAUCCAGAUGACGUGGUCCUUUUCUUCGUCAUGGCGGGCCUCUGGGGAGUGUCCGACGCCGUUUGGCAGACUCAGAUCAACGCCUUCUACGGUGUCAUCUUCCCCGGAGAGUCAGAGGCGGCCUUCAGUAACUAUCGCCUGUGGGAGUCCCUCGGCUACAUCUUCUCCUACGUGGGCAGCACUACCUACUGCAUGGACGUCAAGAUCACCAACGUCGUCGUCUCCCUCGUCUUCGGCAUCAUUGGCUACUACAUCAUCGAAGUCCUGGAGCGACGCGGGGGCAUCAGGAAGGACGACCGAGGCAACGUCGUCACCAUCGACAGACUGGUCAAAGACAGGUUCUUCGGUGACAGGCGCUAGAGGUGACAGGAUGCGUAGACCAGACUGGCUGUCGAAUAGGGUCAGUCUCGAGGUAUCUUGUGAAGUUCUUUUUUUCACGUUUUCAAACUAAUCAGAGACCAAUUCCUGGACCCUCUGAGAACAUGCAAUUCAGACGGCUUUUUAUUUAAUAUGAAAUCAAUAUGACUAGUGCUCAAGAGUGGCUACGCGCCCUGUGGUCAACAAUGAUCACACAACCUGUGCUUAAAAAUGAUUGUUUUGUCCAAAGAAUAGGAACAAUUAUCAUAACACCUCUGGUAUUAUUUCUUUGGCUAAGUCGUGUGAUCUAGAGUUGUUUUAUUACUGAAUAAAUAUUAAUAAAAUAUGAUAAUUGUGCCAAAAAAAAUUAUUAAAUUGUUGUAUGGACUAGUCCACCAUGGGGUACAAUGUGUGUGUACUGCGUGGCACUAAUAUGGGGCUUAUUGUAUGUUAUAAUGUAUAUUUCCAAAGCGUUCUACAUUCCAAAGUGGUGUGCAUUCCAAGGUGGUCUUCAUUCCAAAGUGGUUUACCUUCCAACGUGGUGUGUAUUCCAAAGUGGUCUUCAUUCUAAAGUGAUCUGCAUUCCAAAACGGUCUGCAUUCUAAUGUGGUCUGCAUUCCAAAGUGAUCGUCAUUCCACGGUGUUCUAUAUUUCAGUGAAGAUUUCGAAGAUUCGCUUGUUAUAUAUAUAUAUA